AUGGCACCAGCUGGAGAACUCGGUAGGAGGCUCAUUCCUUGCAUCCUGGAUGAGAUGUCCAGAGAUGAACCGGAUCGAGUUAUUUACUCCAUUGCCAAGUCUGCCGACAUUUCCAAAGGUUUCACCGAGGUUACGGCUCGCGAGUUUGCCAACGCAGUGAAUAAGACCGCCUGGUGGUUGGAAUCUCUUGUUGGCAAGAGUGAAUCAUUCCAAACCAUUGGUUAUAUAGGGCCACGCUUUCAUUUAACGGCUGAUAACACUGCUCAGCUUAUCUUUUUGUCGCCAGGUAACAGCAUUGAAGCUGCUUUGGGUCUCCUUGAGGCGACAAAAUGUAGCCUUUGGGUUCAUCCGGUCGAUUACCCGCCGUAUCCUUUGGUCGAGAAAAUCCAGCAGACCUGGAAGCUGCGUAUUAUGGAGAUUCCCACUGUAGCAGAGCUCCUCGACGCGUCCAGCUCACCUCACUAUCCUUAUACCAAGACCUAUGACGAAGCAAUGGGGGACACGUUCUGCAUCCUCCAUACGUCUGGUACAACAGGCCUGCCCAAGCCCAUCUAUCUCAGCAACGGCUUGCUUGCUACCAUGGACGCCGCUCGCAUUCUACCGCCAUUCGAGGGUGACAACGGCGCUCGUCCUUGGGCAACCUUGUAUGAAAAGGGCGAUAGACUCUAUUCCCCUUGUGUACUUCUUCAUGGUCCCGGAAUCUUUAUGAACCUUUUCGCGACGUUCCUUUUUGACACCCAUAGCGUGAUGGGCCCUGUUGGCGUGCACCCUGACAUGAAUCUGCUCGCGUCACUUGCAGAUCACGGCAACAUUGAUAUUUGGCAUUUCAUGCCUGUGUACGUCAACGAACUGGGCCAGCACCCUGAAGUACUGCAAAGGUUCAAAUCAUCUAAGUUCAUCGGAGCUGGGGGAGGCCCCGUUAGCGCAGAGCUUGCCGCUAAGGUGAAUGAGGUGGUACGUGUUCACAAUCUCUUCGGAACAACUGAAGGCCUCUUUAUGGGUGACAUGCUGGUGGAGAAAGAAGACUUCCUAUGGGUUUCGUUCCACCCUUACGCCGGGUUUGAGUACACGGAAAUCGAGAGGGGUCUGUUUGAGCAGCGCGCCGUCAAGAAUGAACACUGGGCUCUGCAUCAAGGAAUCUUCCAUACCUUUCCCGACGUGGAAGAAUUCAACUCCAAGGAUUUGUUCAUCAAACACCCGACAAAGCCUAACCUCUGGCUCUACAUGGGUAGAAGCAAUGACAUCAUUUGUUUGGAAGAUGCGCAGAAGCUGUCUCCCAUCGAGACGGAGAACAUGAUCUGUGCUCAUCCCAAUGUCAAAGGAUGUGUGAUGAUUGGAAACGGGCAGAAGUUCGCUUGUCUAAUGGUAGAGCUGAAAGACGAUACUCCAAGAGACUCGGAGACCAUUGAAGGGCUGAGGAAAGGUCUUGGGGAUAUCAUUGACCAAGCAGAUCAGAACCAGCUGCUGAGGGGCUACUUGAGAAGAGAUUAUAUCAUUAUCGCAGAUGCCAAAAGACCUCUUCCACGUACUGAGAAGGGAACCAUCUCACGUCGAGCUGCUCUGAAGCUUUAUGAGGAGGAAAUCGAUGCGUUUUAUCGCUUGAAGGGGGAGGCAACUGUAGGUGUUGGGCAACGUACAGCUGGAGGGGCAUAG